AUGGCGAGCCCGUAUCGGCAGAGGCGGCGGGGAACAGCCGGGCGGGUGCUGCUGCCCGCGUUGCUGCUGGGCUUGUGCUGCCGGGCGGCGCCGGAGCGGAUCCGCUACUCCAUCCCCGAGGAGCUGGGCAGAGGCUCGCUGGUGGGGCCGCUGGCGCGGGACCUGGGGCUGAGCCCGGCCGAGCUGCCGGCACGCAAGCUGCAGCUCAGCGCCGAGAAGCAAUACUUCAGCGUCAGCGAGGAGAGUGGGAACCUGUACGUGAGCGAGAGGCUGGACCGGGAGGAGAUGUGCGGCGAGGCGGCGUCCUGCUCCGUCAGCUUCGAGGCGCUGGUGCAGAACCCGCUCAACGUUUUCCAUGUCGAGGUGGCCAUCCAGGACGUCAACGACAACGCCCCGCGCUUCCUACAAAAAAAUUUCCAGCUGGAGGUCAACGAAUUGACUUCUCCCGGUGCCCGGUUUGCCGUGGGAGUCGCAGAAGACACAGACGUGGGCAGCAAUUCACUGCAGGGCUACGAGCUGGAAGCAAACGGGUACUUCGAUGUGGAGGUAAAGGAGAGCCAGGAUGGCAGCAAGUUCGCGGAGCUCGUGCUGCGCCGUCCACUGGAUCGAGAGACUGAACCGAGAUUGCAGCUGGUGCUGACGGCGCUGGACGGCGGCGAUCCGCCCCGGAGCGGCACCGCGCAGCUCUGCAUCAACGUCACGGACGCCAACGACAACGCGCCCGUGUUCGCGCAGGAGCGGUACCGCGCGAGUCUCCGGGAGGACGCGCCGCCGGGCUCAACGGUGCUGAACGUCUCCGCCUCGGACGCCGAUGCCGGCACCAACGCCCACAUCACGUACGGCUUCGGGAAGGUGCCCGCCAAGGUGCUUACGAAGUUCGUGGUGGAUCCGGAGAGUGGGGUGAUCACCCUACAAGAAGCCUUGGAUUUCGAGGAGACGCGGGGCUACACACUGCUGGUGGAGGCGCGGGACGGCGGUGGGCUCACGGCUCACUGCAAGGUGGAGUUGGAGGUGCUGGACGUAAACGACAACGCACCAGAGGUGAUACUGACGUCGAUGUGGAGCCCAGUACCCGAGGAUGCGCCAUCGGGCACGGUGGUCGCGGUGGUGAAAGUGCGGGACCGGGACUCCGGCGAGAACGGUCAGGUGUGGUGCGAGCUGUCGGGCGAGGCGCCGCUGUCGCUGGUGGCGGCGACGUCGGGCGGCUCGUACAAGGUGGUGACAUCAAGCGCGCUGGACCGGGAGCAGGCGCCCGAACACCGCGUGACGGUGGUGGCCAGGGACCGGGGCAGCCCGUCGCUGUCGAGCAGCGCGACGCUGGUGCUGGAGGUGUCGGACGUGAACGACAACGCGCCGGUGUUCGAGGAGGCCGCGUACAGCGCCUACGUGUCGGAGAACAACGCGGUGGGCGCGCCGGUGGUGCGCGUGGUGGCGCGGGACGCGGACGCGGGCGCCAACGGGCGCGUGAGCUACGCGCUGGCGGGCGGCAGCGCGGGCGCGGCGGCGUACGUGUCGGUGGAGGCGCGGAGCGGCGAGCUGUACGCGCAGCGCUCCUUCGACUACGAGCAGUGCCGCGAGUUCGCGGUGACGGUGCGGGCGCAGGACGGCGGGGCGCCGGCGCGGAGCUCCACGGCCACGGUGCGCGUGUUCGUGCUGGACCGCAACGACAACGCGCCGCGGGUGCUGUGGCCGGCGCCGGCAGAAGGAGCGGCCGCGGGGGCUGCGGCGUCGUCGGCGUCGUCGUCGGGUCCGUUCGAGGUGGUGCCGCGGUCGGCCGAGGCCGGGUACCUGGUGGCCAAGGUGGUGGCGGUGGACGCGGACGCGGGGCGCAACGCGUGGCUGUCGUACGAGCUGGUGUCGGGGCCGGCGGAGCCGGCGCUGUUCCGCGUGGGGCUGCACAGCGGCGAGGUGCGCACGGCGCGGGCCGUGUCGGAGAGGGACGCGGCCAAGCAGCGGCUGGUGGCCGUGGUGAAGGACCACGGGCAGCCGGCGCUGUCGGCCACGGCCACGCUGCACGUGGUGCUGGCCGAGAGCUUGCAGGAGGCGCUGCCGGAGCUGAGCGAGCGGCCGGCGGGCGGCGAGGCGGCGGCGGAGCUGCAGUUCUCGCUGGUGCUGGCGCUGGCGCUGCUCUCCGCCCUCUUCCUGCUGAGCGUGGCGCUGGCCGUGCUGGCGCGGCUGCGCCGGGCCGGGCCGCCCGCCGUCCUGCGCUGCCUGGGCGCGCAGCGCUUCUCCGUGGCCGGCGCCGCCUUCCCGGCCGACUUCUGCGAGGGCACCUUGCCCUACUCCUACAACCUGUGCGUGGCGCCGGCCCGCGCCGUGGCCGAGGCUGCUUGGCCGCCGCCGCCGCUGCCCAGCGUGCCGGCGGAGGAGCUUCUGGGCGGGGAGCCGUGCGGGAAGCGGAGCCCGAGCGGCAGCGCCGUAGCGGGAGAGCCGCCCGCCGAUCCCGACGCACCGCAGGUCAGUAAGCGCACGCACUCCUUAACUUCCAGCCUUCCCUAG